AUGUUUCGAGCAGCUGCUCCUGGCCCGUUUGACGAGGCCAUUGCCAAGGCGACAAAUGAGAAUUUGACAUCCGAAGAUUGGGGUGCCAUCAUCGAGGUGUGCGACAAGGUCGCAACAGACCCGAAUGGCCCAUCGCAAGCUGUCCAAGCCACCAUCAAGCGCCUCGCCCAUCGCAAUGCCAACGUCCAGCUCUACACCCUCGAGCUGGCGAAUGCCUUGUCCCAGAACUGCGGCAAGCCCAUGCACCGUGAGUUGGCUUCGCGAGCCUUUACAGACGCUCUUCUGAAGCUCGCCAACGACCGCAACACACACCAGCAGGUCAAGGCAAAGAUUCUGGAGCGCAUGAAGGAAUGGAGUGACAUGUUCAGCAAAGAUGCCGACCUGGGUAUCAUGUACGAUGCCUACUUUAGACUCAAGCAGACAAAUCCGACACUGCAGCCCCCGAGCGCCCCGCAGAAGAAUCGACUGACGGAGCUGGAUCGGCAAAAGGAGGAGGAGGAGCUGCAAAUGGCGCUGCAGUUGAGUUUGCAGGAUGAGGAGCGCAAGAAGAAGGCUGCCGAGAGUAGUACGGCGGCAGCAGGUCCCAGUACAGGUGCUGGCGGAAGUGCAGGUGCCGCGCCAGGCCAAGCCGAGCCUAUUCCAUCGCACCCGACUGGAACAACAGCAGCGACCGUCUCUCGUGUCCGCGCCCUAUAUGACUUUGUCCCCAGCGAACCUGGAGAGCUUGAGUUUAAGAAGGGAGACGUCAUUGCAGUGCUCGAGUCCGUGUUCAAGGACUGGUGGCGAGGAAGUCUAAAGGGCAAUACGGGUAUUUUCCCGCUAAACUACGUCGAAAAGUUGACCGAUCCUACACCCGAUGAGCUGCAUCGUGAGGCGCAGAUGGAGGCCGAGGUCUUUGCAGAAAUUAAGAAUGUCGAAAAGCUGCUCACCCUUUUGAGUACCAGCAACACUGCGCCAAGGGAAGAGGAUAAUGAGGAGAUUUCAAAGCUCUACCACCAGACACUGGCUAUCCGACCAAAGUUGAUCAAGCUGAUUGAGAAGUAUUCUCAAAAGAAGGACGAUUUCACACAAUUGAACGAAAAGUUCAUCAAGGCCCGGAGAGACUACGAAUCCCUGCUGGAAUCGUCCAUGUCACAUCCUCCUGGCCCGAGCUACCACCAAUAUGCUCAUCGACCAGCUGUUCCAGGGCAAGGAGGCUAUCCCGGUGGCGUUUCGGGAUAUGCUCCCCAGGGUCCGCCUCAACAUCUUCAACAACAACAAGAUCCUCAACGAUUCUACACUCCUGGGCCUCAGGGGCCUCCACCCCAGCAAGAGCAGCCUCCUUUCCAGGCUACGUCACCACCUCCUAACUUCCAACGCCAAACACCUGGCCCGGCACCUUUCUAUCUACAAGGCGCCGAGGUGCCGGCUCAUGCUGGCCCGCCUCCGCACCAGCAACAAUACAACCAAGCCGGGGGUCCUCCACCAGGCCACCAGCAACAAUACUCGCAAGGCGGCCCUGCGCCCGGCCAGCCCCCAUAUUCCCAAGCUGGCCCAACUCCAGCCCAGCAGCAGUAUCCCCCUAGAGAUCAGCCUUCUCGUUUAGCCUCGGCAGUUGCUGCAGGCAAGCAGCCUGCCCCCAUCCAGACAUCGUCCCCUCCGCCAGCACAGCAAUCAUACCAAGCAUAUUCGCAUCCUGCCCAACAACCUGGUGGUCAGCCCCAAAGUACAUACGGCAAUCCUCAGGAAUUAGCCACAUCAGCCUACGAUUCCCCUGUUGCUAGUCAUCAGCCCGGACCCGAUCCUUACUCGGCCUCGGUCUACUCAACAGAGGACCCUUAUGCCAGUAGUCCGACGGCACCGCCGGCAUCGGUACCGGUACCAACAGGUCCAUCUCACGGUGUGCCGACCGCUUUGGCUAUUGCUGGCGGUGGUGGCCCUUCUGCCCCUUCAGCGCCAUCGCAACCGCAAUACACGGCUUAUAACCCACUUCAACAGCAGCCUCCACAGCCUUCAUAUGACGCGCCAUCUGCACCGACCAAUGCACCGCCACCUGUACCAACCGCAUCGGCGCCUCCCAUUCCAUCUCCAGAUGGUAUUACUGAGGCCUUUUCGCCUGCGCCCCUGCAUCCAAGUGGUCCGGCAUAUGACGCUAGGAAUAACCUUCCAAGUCAAUACGGGCAUGCUGGCAGCUUCCACCCGACGCAACCUCAGUACAAGGCCUAUGUUCCGAGUGCACCAGCAGUUGAUGGCAAUGAGCCCAGUGCUCCACAGGAUUUUUAUCGACAAAGUGCUGCAUACUAG